AUGCCAACACCUCGAUAUGGCACAGGAGCAGCACAUAUCCCCGGUGUUUGUGACAAAGUUGUUGGUGGGUGUGGAAUAAUUAGAAAUUUAACGCAGAGUGUUGACAAAGCUGAGAUCUUUUCGACAACUUCAUCGUCUCAUGGGUAUGCCACAGGAGCAGCUCAUAUCCCCGGUAUUGGUGGAUGGACAAAUACUGGAGAUGAAAGAACGCCUAUCAACAACGCAGAAACCUUCUUGACAACUUCAUCGCCUCUUGGACAUGCAGGUAGUUGA